AUGUCUGGUAAAAUUCCAUCAAGCACUCAAUUGCAGAGCUUUGAUGCCUCUGCAUAUGCUGGAAAUCAUGAACUUUGCGGGCUUCCACUUCCAAAUAAGUGCCCAGGAGAUGAAACAACUCUGGAACCUUCUGUCAAUAAAGAUGAUAUCAUUCAAGGAAAUGAGGAUAGGUUCAUAAACCGAGAAUUUUAUGUCAGCACAGGGAUAGGUUUUGGGGUUGGAUUUGAUGGUGUCUUUGGCACUUUAGUGCUCAAUCGUUCAUGGGAACAUGUCCUUUUCAACUUCUUGAACAACAUAAAAGAUUGGCUUCACGUGACAACAGCAGUGAAUAUGGCCAGAUUGAGGAGGUGGCUUCAAAGCUAA